CGCAAUAAAUCUUAGUGUUGCAAUCGUCUGAUGUAACACAGGUUACUUUUUCCUCAGUUUGGACUUUCGACUCUCGCUGUUGUAGUAUUUAACACGGAUGGCUUCGGCUCUUUUUCAGUUCUAUAGAUGUGCUCGGUAGAUUAUUUGAUCUCGAAAUGACAAGCCCUGCAAACCGCUUGGCACUUCACCGUUUGUCUCGAUUCAUCAGUCGACAGAGGCCCAACGUUUCGAAUACUUUCAGUAAAGUUGAAGUUCACCAGGGUUUAAGAAGGAAUUUGCCCUAUUUGAACCCAAAGGUUGUUACACAAGCAUCAUAUCUGAACUGUAAUUUUGGCGAAUCGCCGCAUUUGUGGAAGGUUACUAAAGGUCACACAACGAAACAACUACCUGUCACGGAGAAGUUCUUAGGACGUCGACUCUACAGUACUGUAAAUCAAGGCUGUUCACAGGAUUUAUUAACAACUGAAAAAGUAGAGAAGAGCAGUCAAAUGGCAGACAUGGAGCCAUCCAAUUAUUCUGCUCCCAAUGACACUUGGACUGUGGAAUCUCUUGACUUGUAUAAAAAACUAAAAAGUGAUUUAAUAGAACAAGGAAAUGGCGACUGGCUCGAACACAAGAGCUCCAUAUAUUAUGGUGAAAGAAGGCUUUUCACUAAAGCAUUAGUCAAUGAAUAUCCAGGGAAAUUCUUUGAGUAUGUAUUUUUCUUCAGCAAAAAUGAAAAGAAGGUGAAAGGAGUGAUUCAGUUUGGAUCAUAUACCCAGGGACCUCCAGGAUGUGUACAUGGUGGUGCAAGUGCUUCCAUGAUGGAUUCUGCCAUUGGUGUUUGUGUGAACAAGUCAUUUCCUGGUUGUGUGACAGCUUCUUUGACCAUGAAUUACAAAAGUCUUCUUCCCCUUGGUGCGACUGCUUUUGUUGAAUCUUGGGUUGACAAAGUGGAAGGAAGAAAGGUUUAUGCUUUGGCAGAAUUAAGAUCUCCAGAUGGCAAAGUGUUAUAUAGUUCUUCCAAUGCAUUGUUUAUUCAGCUGCAACCUCAGGGUGAAGAUGCUGACAAAUGGAAAAAUGCAUUUGGUGACAAAAAAUGACAGGUUAAAGAUCUGCAUCAUCUUUGUUGAGGAUGUGCAAGUUUCUUGGCUAAAUUGCCAUCUUCAUAGAUUAGAUCUGGUGGAAACCUGAUCGGAAUCAACUGACUGUGUACUACAGUCGGGUAGUUCUGUUGUUUUUGGUUGAUUUUCUAAUAAGAUUGUAUUUCUUUUUUUAUUUCAAAAUUCCUCAAAUAUACGAGAUGUCUUCUAUCUCAGCGUAUAUGAUAUGAAUCACAGAUAGUGACAUUUAUAGAAACAAUAUUGAUCAGUUAAAGCCAACCCAUUAUUUUAAAAUGUUUUCCAAACGUAUGGAUGAAAAGAAUAAUGUGUAUCUUUUUCAUUAUGUUAUUUAUUGGUUCAAAAACAGUCGAUUGUAAUCCUAUCCUCUCUAGUUGUGCAUGGUGGAUUUAGUGGUAGCAAGAUAUUUACAAUUUUACAACCUAACCUUAGUCUUAACGAUACUAUAUUGUGUGUAUAAACUACAACGAAAAAUAGUGAAUUAGAGAUUCAUUACGAACGCGAACUUUAUAGUUCAUUCUUGA